AUGGGACUGAUUCGUGAUCGGAGGUGUCAUCACAGCUUGGAGAUGACUGAAUGCCACAAUUAUAACUUUGGACUGGCAAAGUGUCACACUUCUAAAAGAUGUCAAAAGCAAAGAUCUACUCUAAUAACAGGCAAAUGUAGACAAAAAUUAUCUCCAUUUUUUCUUGGUCGUUUCAUCGCCAUUUCGAUGGCGAUACGUUUCGUUGUUAUGAUGGCGAUAUGGACUGUCAUAUUCGUAAACUCAUUUCACAACCAAGAAGUUUCAAUUCCUUCAAACGAAGGAUACUGUGGCCCAUGCCCUAAAAAUUGGUUAUGUUAUAGAAACCACUGCUACCAAUUUUUUAAUGAGAGCAAAACUUGGUACCAGAGCCAAGCUUCUUGUAUGUCUCAAAAUUCCAGCCUCCUGAAGAUAUACAGUAGAGUGGAACAGGAUUUCUUCAAAUUGGUGAAGUCAUAUCAUUGGAUAGGACUCAUACAAAUUCCGACAAAUGGAUCCUGGCAGUGGGAAGAUGGCUCCAUUCUCUUGCCCAACCAACUAACACUGGUGGAAAUGCAGAACGGAACCUGCAUUGUCUAUGGCUCAAGCUUUAAAGGCUACACAGAAAACUGUUCAGCCCUGAACACAUACAUCUGCAUGCAAAGGAUUGGGUAGACUCAAUCAAUCCAUCCCAACACAAAACAGGAACAGAGAAGGGAUUGCACCGGCAGGAACAAUGCUAUGUGGCUGAAGGAAACAAACAAUGGGACAAACACAGGAAAAACAUACACCUCCUGGGCUCUCCAGAAUAGGACCACAGAACUAUUCUGCAUCUAGUAUUCUGUAAGACAAAGGAAGGCAAUUCAGAAAUCAUCAAGUCCACCUCUACCAUG